AUGAUCUGUAAUUUUGAAAUUUAGCCAUUCACAAAAUAUUAUUUCAAAAUUCAAAUGCUAUUUGCAGUAUGAAAAUUAUCUAAAUUUACUUGUUAAUUUUUCUCAUCUAAUGAUGAGAAAGGCUAUCAAUAAAUGAAAUAGCAACCAUAGAGAAAUUGGAAGCUUAGCUAUAACAAAUCUGUUGUAACUUAUUAUAAUAUUUAUAUUGGUUACCAAGGCAAAUUUCGUAAAACGUGAAUUAAUUUCAAAUGAACAGGUUCGAGUUUAUUAACGUUGGUGUAUAAUAAAUAGCAAUUUCCUGCUAGCAUUAUAUGCAACAUAAGAAAAUUAUAUCUACGAUGUAGUUGGAGAAUGGCUGAUUUAUUCGCUAUGUACGACCCGUGGGAUACAAUGUAUAAGUCCUGCAUGAAAAUUAAUGGAGUUCCACUGUUGCCUCCAGUUCUGUGUAAGGAACGUCGCAAGGAAAUGCAUUACUAUAAACUUUUGGCAAAGGAAGUUGAAGCAAGAAUCAGAACUCUUAAAUCAUUUGUUGAAAGUGAUACCGACUCGACUGAUAUAACUGACGCACCUGAGCUACCUGAGUCAGAGCAGAAUGACUUGUCUCCUCAGUCUGUGAUACUAACUGAUUGUGAUACCAAGAAGGAAAAAUUUGAUCUAAUUUCGGACACUCCAAAAAUGUAUUCUCCUUUAACUGAUUUUGAGAAUUCGAAGUCUUCGUCAAAAUUAGUUAUAGAUUUAAGCCUGAGCUUAAACAACAGUAGUUUUUGUUCCAAUAAGAGUUACCUACCAAUUGAGCUACCUGUAAGAGAUUGCGAUUCUGCGAGGCUAGGGGAAAAGAUUUUAUCUCAAAUAGAUCCAGUGAAAGCAAACAUAGAAGAAGAUAGACAUAUAGUUUCCGUCGAUGUUGGUAAAAAUAUUUCAUCUGAUACUAUUAAUUUACAAUUUGAAGAAAAUGGAUCAUUUCCCCUGAAAACUAAAAUCUUUACAGGUUCUUUAAACGACAUUCACAAAGAGUCUUCAAAAGAUAUGGAAUCUAUUCCACUUUCACGUCAAAGAUCUUAUACUGUUUUAAUACCUAGUCCUUUACUAAUGGCUCAUUUGGAAGUACAGUCACAGAGUAAAGGUGUGGAGAUAAAUUCCAUAUCAAUGAGUGAGUCUCUUUCGAAUCUGACCUCUCCAUCCAAAAAGAGAAGGAGCUGGGAUUUAGAAACCGCAAAAGUGAAAUGGUCUUCUAUGGCGUUAGAAUUAAAAAAUAAAAAUAUAAAUGCUGUAAACAAGAACGUAACAGCAAAGCCAGCUGUAAAGAAAACAUCACUGGCUAAAGCACGGGCUCGGUCAGUUCAAGAACGAAACAAUCGUGUUUCUAAUGUCUAUAAACCUAUGAAUAAAAGUGAUUCCGUUCAAAAAUCCAAAAAUAAUUUUAAUCUUAGCAGAAGUAAUAGCGAACAACAUAAUAGGCCUAUUGUUAAUAAAGCAAUCACUCCCAAGCAACCGCUUCAAAAAGAUAAAGAAGACCUAACUACGAAGAAACAUAUUUCGGAAUCGGAAGAUCCAGCAACACGAGUACGGGAACUUUAUGAAAAAAUACAAAAACAACAGUUGGCCCAAAUGGAAAACUUAGUUGAAAAACAAAAGAAAGAACAAAUGCUAUUGCAACAAGUUUUCGAGGAGCAGAAUAAUUUAUUAUAUAGCCAAUUAAAAACAAUAUGCCCUAAGCCGCCUAAUAAAGUGAAAGAGGCGUGGAGUGACGAAAAUAAGGCUAAUAGCCCUGUAAGUUUGAGUCAAGUGAUUAAUCAUAUAGGAACCGAGCGGACCUCUGACAGUCCUGUUGCCACUCUGACAGAUACUAAUAAUUAUUUAAACCAGUGUGACAACGUUUUAAAGAGAUCAAGAGACAUAACUGGUAAUAUUAAAAAACAAACCCCAAUCAUCGAUAAAGCCAAACCUAAGGCGGGACAAAAACCCGUACAAAGAAAUGCUUCUCCAGAUAGAAGAAGUACCUCAAGAAAAUUGACUUAUGAGAGCAGUGCAUCGACGAACCGAGAUUACGAGCCUUUAUUGACAGACAGAACGAACGAUACGAUGGCUGAUUUAAAUGUUACCUUCACGACAGACGAUAGUGAUGAAUAUCGUCUAUUUAAUCAGAGUUAUAAAGAACAAGUCAAUACUCCGGCGACGUACCCCACGGGGAUGCCAGCCAAGUACACCGAUCUCUCUUUGAAGAGUAUGGAGGAAACAAUACAGAAAUCACUCAAGAGCAUGUGCGCUGCAAAAAAUAAUCCGAAUAAAUGUCAACCCACAGUAAAGGAGCGCGCUGCGGCGGCAAAGAUCGUUGCAUGCGCUAAAGGCUACCUCGUGCGUCGCUUGAUGCGCACCGAACGCGUGCAAACCACAGUGCAGACGAUCAAAGACGCCCUGCUGUGCGCGCUUCAGUUGCAUCAGGAUAGAGAGGGCAUUAGGGGAGCAGAUGUAGAUCUACAUAGACGGUUGAUACAGCAGAUAACUGCAGCAUGUUAUAACCUGCACGAUACAUUCAUAACGAGCUCGCCCGCUGAACGCUGCGCCAUGAUAUCGGCAGACCGGAGUAGGAGACGUUCACUCGCGCUGAGAUCUCCGCCAAGACUGAGCAGACCUACGGAUCUCAUGACGCAAAGCCACUGCGGCUCGUUUCCUCCGCGAGCCAAACGGGUGUCGGCAUCGCUGAUGACACACUCAUACUAUGAGUCGUGUAGCGAGGACCGAGUCUCGCGUCGCUACGUGCCGACGCCGCGACCGCGUCCGUGGCGCUGACCCCAUCACUAACCAAUCUGCGACAGGCGAACCCACUACAACCCCGUCAGUGAUUAUCAACACCUGCUUAGUGUUUGUAAAAUUAAUACGAAGCAACUCAAUACCAAUUCAAAUUUGUGUCUUUUCUCUAAAUCACUACGAGGUAACGGCCUCGCUCGUCAACAAAAAAAUAAUUCUUACAACAUAUGUAUUUGCACAUAUUGUGAGGCGUUGAUUAAAAAAGUAUCUAGCAAAUGAUGCCUACAACAAGACUGCUUUCCACUUGUUUGUUUAUAGUUAAUCAGUAUGACGUUAUUUAACAUGCGCACUGACCACACCAAAAUGGCAGGCAUUUAAAAUCAACCGUCGCCGUCUACUAAAAAUAAUUAUAUACUUCGAGUUACUUUUUCUGCGUUAAUGGACCUUGAUACAUAGAACCGGCUCUUUUUACCGGAUUCGUAUUUAUUUGUAUGUUGUGAUAAAUUAUUGCAUUUAUAUUUAGCUUCUUUUAAAAAUUGGCCAAUAAAAUACAAUGGUUUUAUGUGUUUUAAUGAUUUAUUUAGUGAGUGAUGUGUUAUUUCUUUAACUGUAAAGUAUUUUAAUUGAUAGUUGAAGUAGUUUUAUGUACCAAUAAAUAAGACAGUGUUAACCAUUUAAAACUAUUUGUAUUGAUUAUGUUUUAAGUAGCACUUAAAAAAAAUUAUAAUGUUAAUGCUUUAAAUUUAACCACCAAUACUAUUACGGCCGUUCCCAAUAUUCAGUCUAUCUCUUACUUGAGAUAAAAAUCGUAACUAUCGUUGACUUUCCUGUCCGAAUAAACUUAUCGACGGUAACUCAACUUAUUCGUACACGCUGUCUGUCAAUGGGACAACGUAUAGCUUACCAGCGUUUAUAGAAGUUUGUAUGGAAAUUGCAAUUCACGCGUCCCAAUAUAAGGCGAUAAGAAUGACUUAUCGGGUAUAUUGGGACAGCUUCAGAUUAUUGACAGCUAAUUACUGACAGUAGAAGUAGUAAUUUAUCUAUAGAGAUAGCUGUAGAUAGUAUAUUGGGAACGGCCGUUAGGUAAUCAAAAAUUUUAUUCCAACAUUAUAUCAUGGUAUCAUUUAUAACAUCAUCUUUUGUUAUCGACCUCAUAGCUUUUAAUCUAGUAGACGCUAAUAAAGGAUUUAAACAU